AUGCAGUCAAGGUCUAGUACAAAACAGCGAGCGUGUAUCGCAUUAGCAUCUAAAUGGCCUUGGUGCACCCGCUCAGACAAAGCCUGGUGCGGUGUGGCCGAUCCUUCCCGAUCCCUCCCGCUGCCGGCCGCGGGCACCUGCCGCCGGGAUGGCCCUGGGGACAGCGGCACAGCCCGGGGCUGCCCAGCACUGAGCAGCCCACACGCUGGAGCCCCAGCCGGCAAGCGCUGCAGAUUGGAAACUCCUUUACAACCCCCACCGCUCUCCUCGGGCCCACGAGGACACGGCGGGAGGGCCGCGGAGCCCCCGGGGGCGCUGAGCCCAGACAAAGCCGAGCGGGGCCGGGGCGCGGCCCGGCCGGGCGGGCCCCGCCACCGCCGGGGGAGCUGCCCGGGCCGACCCCGGGCCCGGGGCCAGUGCUGGGGCCGCCGGGGCGGAGGCGGGGCAGCGCUGCCCGGGCCCCGCGGGAGGGAGGAAAGCACCGCCGCCAUCCCACCGCUCCGGGGCCGCGGGAGCUGCGGGCGCGACACACCCGCGCUCGGCCGCCAUGCAGCUCCCGGGGGGCCAUCUCCUACCUGCUCGGACGGGACCCAGCCCGGCGCUUCCCCCCACUACAGGCCGCGUCUCAUUGUGCUCCUGCUGCCGCCGCCGCCAUUUCCCCGCCGCCGCCGCCUCAGUCCCCGCAGCUGUCAGGUCCCUCCAUUCACCUGGGCCCGGGACGGCCGCCCCCUCCCUCCCUUCCCCCCGCGCUACGGCCGGCGCUACGCAAACGGAGCGCCGCCCCCGCCCCUCCCGCCCGUACCAACGGGGGCCGCCCAGCGCCCGCGGCGCAACCCCGCUCCGAGAAUGCCGCCCUGCGCAGACCGCACGCUCCGCAUUCCCCACGCGAUGAGAGGAGCCCGGCGAUUGGCUGCCGGGGCCGGGUAA